GACGCUCCUUGACUUCCUGUGCAACAACAUGGUGGUCGGGUGAGGGGACCGUCUGUGCCAACGGCAACAACAACCGCCGCAGCAGCUGGAGAUCACAGCCUAAUUGUUUAUUUUUGUGUAUUAAGAGUGAGACCAACAGCGCCAAGAUGCCACAGAACGAGUAUAUCGAAUUACAUCGUAAGCGAUAUGGAUAUCGCUUGGAUUACCAUGAGAGAAAAAGGAAAAAGGAAAGCCGUGAACCACAUGAUCGCUCACACAAAGCCAGAAAGAUGAUCGGUCUGAAGGCCAAACUGUACCACAAACAACGUCAUUCAGAAAAAAUACAGAUGAAGAAAACCAUUAAGAUGCAUGAACAGAGGAAAACGAAACAGAAGGAUGAUGAGAAAACACCAAAGGGGGCUGUACCAGCCUAUCUGCUAGACAGAGAAGGACAAUCGCGUGCUAAAGUCUUGUCCAAUAUGAUCAAACAGAAAAGAAAAGAGAAAGCUGGCAAAUGGGAAGUACCUUUACCAAAAGUCCGAGCACAAGGUGAAACUGAAGUUCUGAAAGUUAUUCGCACUGGUAAAAGGAGAAAGAAAGCUUGGAAGAGAAUGGUUACUAAAGUUUGUUUUGUUGGAGACGGAUUCACUCGGAAACCACCCAAGUAUGAACGAUUCAUCAGACCGAUGGGCUUACGUUUUAAGAAGGCACAUGUUACACAUCCAGAGCUAAAGGCCACCUUCUGUUUGCCUAUACUUGGUGUCAAGAAGAAUCCAUCUUCACCGUUAUAUACAACAUUAGGUGUUAUUACUAAAGGAACUGUCAUUGAAGUGAACGUAAGUGAGCUUGGCUUAGUCACGCAAGGAGGAAAAGUGGUCUGGGGUAAAUAUGCACAAGUAACAAAUAAUCCUGAAAAUGACGGCUGCAUUAAUGCGGUUCUUCUAGUUUAAAUUAUCAUCUUAUAGACUGUGCCAUGGACAUUAAACAGACUUAAUUAUUUAAGUCUGGUUGCAAAAGUACUGUUUUGAACACCAAACCAUUCAAAACAAAAUUAAUUAUAUUUGUUUUUUGAACAAUCCAGAAAAAAAAAGCAUUU